AUGGAUGCCACUGAAGUCCACCAAACCACCGUUGCUGCUGAUGAGCCCAUGAACGAUGCCUACGUCGACACCAUCGGCGAGCAGGAGCCCAUGGACGCCACUCCGAAGACUGAGGAAGAGUAUGCGCAGUCCAUGCUGACUCUGCGUGCGAUAGUCUCGUCUAAGGAGGCCGGCGUCAUUAUCGGCAAGGCUGGCAAAAACGUUGCAGACCUGCGCGAUGAAACUGGCGUGAAGGCUGGCGUGAGCAAGGUCGUUCCCGGUGUCCAUGACCGAGUUCUGACCGUCACUGGUCCUCUCCAAGGCACCGCCCAAGCCUACGCGAUCGUUGCGAAGGGUCUCCUGGAGGGUGCUCCGCAGAUGGGUAUGGGCGGCGUUGUCUCUAACAAUGGGACCCACCCUGUCCGGCUCCUCAUUUCCCACAACCAGAUGGGCACCAUCAUCGGCCGACAGGGUCUGAAGAUCAAGCACAUUCAGGAUGCGUCCGGUGUUCGCAUGGUAGCUCAGAAGGAGAUGCUUCCUCAGUCUACGGAGCGGAUCGUUGAGGUGCAGGGCACCCCCGACGGCAUCGAGAAGGCUGUUUGGGAGAUCGGCAAGUGCCUGAUCGAUGACUGGCAGCGUGGUACGGGCACUGUGCUCUACAACCCUGCUGUUCGCGCGUCUCUGGGUUCCCAGCCCGCUCAGCAGAACAACAACUCGGUUGGUGGCAAUGGUUACACCAACCGCCAGUACAACCGCACCGGAAACGGGGCAGACUUCAGUGACAACAGUGGCUACAGCCGCCGCUCCAACUCUGAUGCUGGCGCUCGUGGCUUCCCCCUAGUGACGGAGGAUGGCGAGGAAAUCCAGACCCAGAACAUCAGUAUUCCUGCCGACAUGGUUGGCUGUAUUAUCGGUCGCGCUGGUAGCAAGAUCACCGAGAUCCGCCGGAGCUCUGGAGCCCGUAUCUCUAUCGCCAAGGCCCCCCACGACGAGACUGGUGAGCGCAUGUUCACGAUCAUGGGCAGUGCUCAGGCCAACGAGAAGGCCCUGUAUCUUCUCUAUGAGAACCUCGAAGCCGAGAAGACUCGCCGCAGCCAGUUGCCCCAGGAGUAA